UUUGCUUUCUACGCUUUCUUGUUCAGGAGAACAUUAAAGUCUAAGAGUUCUUUCACCUCUCUGACUCUCCAAGAUCCAAAUUUAUUAUUUCCCAUCCGCCUGGUUGAAUCCCGCCCACUGAAGCCGCUCAGGUCUAUAAAGGACAAGGAAAGGGUCCAAUGAUAAGAAGUUGGUCUCAAGUUAAGCCUGGCCAUGCCGACUAAAGUCCUCGUCCAUGCCGUCCUUCUGACUCUCAUAAAGUCUGUGUCUGCCGUGGAGAUCCAGGCCAGGCCAAAUGCUACUGCCGCCCUUCCCUGCAACCUCACGUCACCCGUCCCUGACGAUCUGGACGUCAGCUGGAGCAGUAACGGAUCUGUGAUCGCCUCCUUUGCCAAAGCAGCUGCAAACGUCACUGAGGGUUUCAGCUGGAACACCAGCGCCAUCUUCAAUGGAGACUUCUCUUUGACUGUUCUUGAAACCGACAUCAGCAGGCAAGGAGUCUAUGAGUGCGUGGUCAGAUACAACGCCACUCUGCAGCACACCUGCGAAGUCACGCUGAGUAUCAUAGCGCCACCUACUGUCUCCAUACUUCCCAAGUGGCUUGUGUUGGAGACACGGAGCCAGCUUGAAUGCCAGGCAGAAGGAUUCUACCCACCCCCUGUCUUCCUCUCCUGGACAAGAGAUGGGCAGGAGAUUCACUCGGCUGACCAGCUCGAUGGUGAGCAAGGUGCAGAUGGGCUCUACAAGGCGGUUGGCAAUCUCACCUUCUAUCCGUCACGUACGGACCAGAAUGCAACAUUUGGCUGCAAAGUGUCCCACAAAGGCGACAACCAGGAGCAGCAGUUUCAACUCAACAUCACCUACCCUCCUUCUGUCACACUGACAGUCGUCCCCCCGUCGUCUGAUAAAAUUCCCCUGACACUUUACUGCGACCUGGAGAGUUUCUACCCAGCGAGUGCGUCUGUGUCAUGGCUUCAAAACGGAAGUGCGCUCCCUGAGCUCCCCAACACCGAGCAGAACCCCGAUGGGACCUUCAAAACCAGGAGAUACUACACUCUGACGCCUGAGCAGAGAGCACUGGGUGGGAAAGUAGAGUGUGCAGUUAACCAACCAGGAGCUGUGGAGCCAGUUCGAGGUUCUGUCGACUUAGACAGUUUGGACUCAAAAGAUGAGCCACCAGUAUUGACAAAAUCGGCCAAAGCAUCGGUCGCCAUGAUGUGCAUUUCCCUGGUUCUCGUUUUCCUGCUGUGUUUCGGUUUCUCUUGGAGGAGGAGAGACGAGAAACAGAAAUCCCUGAACGUGUCUGGCAUUAUUUUGCCCCCACGCAUCACUGUCGGCCAAAAGGGCAGAGUGUCUUUGAGCAUAGAGGGUCGGAGGGUGGACAGAGUCCAGACGCUAUGGUUUCUAAACGACACCCCAAUAUCAGACACCUCAAUCUCAGGGACCUCACAUGCAAACUUUAACUGCCUCUAUAACCGCCUAACUACCAUCCAUCUGCCCUUCGGUCUAACUCUCACCUCCACAGCGUCAGAGAAGGGUCCUCUCCUCUCCAGGGGUGAGAUGUGUUACUACAAGCUGCACACCCAUGGACCCCUGCACUCUUCUGGAACUGGGCCCCAACAGCUGAUCGCCUCACUCACCUUCAUCCCUCAGAUCUCCAUCCACAAGGGCGCCGUGUUCAAGUGCCAGGUCUCCUACAUGGGCAAAGACAAAGUAGUGGUGGAGAGAGUGUCGGAGAAGUUCACCAUUCUGUCACCACCAGAAGUGUCUGAAAUCCAGCUUGCAGAGACAACCAAUGACCCAGAUGUCAUAAAUCUGACAGUCCGGGCAUCCAAUUUUCACCCAGAUGUCAUCACCUUUCGUUGGUUCUGCCAGGGGGGCGAGCUGAGCCCUGUGGCCUCCCAAGCCUCCUCUUCUCCUAGACCAAAUUCAGAGGGCUUCUUCUCUGCGUUUAGCCAAUGCAAACUUCCCCGAAGUGAACUGGAACGGGGAGGUACCAAAGUCUGGGUCAGUGUUCAUCACAUUGCUCUCAAACAGCCAGUGACUCGGGAGACUAGAGGGUUCAUUAAAAGGCCGUGCGUGUCAGAGAUUGUGGAUCUCAUGUGCCCCUCGGGCAAGUCUUUGACCCUGGGGUGUGAAAUCACAGAUUUCUACCCUCCCGGCAUAUCAGUCACCUGGCUGAAGCUGAGAGGGGGAGAGCAGGACGACAGGGAGGAAGAGCCGAUAGAGGGAGGGGAUAUGUGGGGGCCAAUUGAGACUCAUUCUAGGCUCUUCAGAUCAACAGCCUUUCUGACCACAAAGAAAACCAAUCUGGACAAAGGUGAGCGAGGAGGAGGGAUCAUUUGUAGAGUGGACCACUGUUCCUUACAUGAGCCAAUCGAGAGACACUGGAGGAACGUAGUGUCUCCCUCCAUCCCUCCUUCCAUCACUGUGUGUUGGAGCAGUGAAGGGGUCGGUGUGUUCUCCCUGCUGCUGAAAGGAGGUCACCCGAAGGUCAAAUUGCUCUGGACAGCAGGUGGACAGACGCUGACGCCGUUGAUUUCCAGUGAAACAGAGGAGAUUGGAGAUGAUGGGCAGAGGGAACUGAAAAGUGUGUGUGCCCUGGAGAGAGCUACAAGACCCCCGAGUCACAUGGGCAACCGGCGAACCAACGGCCAUGCAAUAAAAACCAAAGCUGCUGUCACAGACCCCGACACCAGGGGAAUCGCAUACAUAGAUGAGAAGGAAGAAGAGGAGGAGGACGACACGGAUCGGGACACAAACUCAGAAAGCGACAAAGACAGUGACGACGACAGAGAAAAGGGCUCGGGUGCUCUCCACAUCAACAAGGUCGACUUGACCAGGGCGUCCAGAGAAGCUGAGCAGGCACGUUUGAGGGUGUGUGUGGAAAUCUCACACCCAGCCCUCAAACUUCCUGUCUACAGGUCCUGGGAAGAGCCCAACGAGGAAAUGUUACCGUCACCAUGACAACGGCACCCAAAUAUAUUUUUUCAUGUCUAUAUAUUUUAUCAAACUAGAGCAAAAAACAAACCGUCUCGUCUAUCACAUGCAUAUUCCAAAAUGUGUUCUUAUUUAUUGCUAUCGACUUUGUAACUCAGCUUUUCACUUGUUUAUGGUUUUUACAUAUCUUGUAUACGUGCAUUUAAUAAUAUUAACUAUGAUUUACCGGUAUAUUCAUCUGAAAUCUGUAAUUAUAGUGAUGUAUCGCAAAUUCUUGUGACAUGUUUUUGAUGGUGCUUCUAUUGGAUUUUACAGGAGCUUGGCUUAGCUCAUUAAACAAGUCAGAUGGGUUAAGCCCUCACGCUUUUCUUUUCAUGAAUGCAUGAUAGCAACAGCCUUCUGCACUCGCUUGUUCAGGCUGCUGGUCUUUGUCACCUGCAUGUAACUCCUUCAGCACAGCACUGAGUUUAAGGCUGUGUCCCAUUUCUCACCCUGACACUCCUUUUGGCCCUAACACUGGGUUUUGCGCGUUCACGUGUAAGUGUAGUCUGUUCCAAUACUCCUAAGACCGAGGGCACUAGCCUUUCACCACUUGAAAUGAUCCCUUCAAACCAAUGGGGCUCCAGAGCUCCCUUGAAACAAAGUGGGAAUAUGAAGCCUCCCAUUUCUUCUCUUGUCUAUAUAGCAGUUACCUGAAUGUGACUUGAGUUGUAUGACUACGUGCACAGGCUUCAGCAUUGAUUUACCCUUCACCAAGGUCUUGAGUAUAGAGUCUCCACUCAUUUAAGAAGGCUUCACAUGUAUUGAUAGAACUGAUGAUACAUUUAAGUUACUACUAUUUCUAUGUCGUAUGUGCUCCGCCCUCUACCAUACUUCCUCGACCAUUACCAACAAACCCAGAAGCCAUAUCACUGAUAUUAGCCUGUGCAAAGGAAGAAGCAAAACACCAGGAUGCAGUCAACAAUAAGAUUCUCAUUCUCACAUUAAGAGCAUUUGUGAAUAUAAAUGAAAAAUAAAAAUGGGUUGCCUUUAAAAAAAGUUUACUAUUGCAAUAUUAAAUGCUUGGAAUUGGACAUUGGCAUUACAGAUAUUUUCCACAGAAUAAUAAGGGAAUAAGACAUUUGUGUGGAAUGUUUAGCUAGUCUUAAAUAAGGAUGGUGCUGAUGCCUAUGUCAGGUGUGGUAGAUCUUGAACAAUAACAACUAUGUUUUUUUCAAUGUGGUGAUGACAUCUAGAUGAGCUCCCGUUCCACAUGAAGUCCAGCAUGUCACAUGUUUAGCUGAGUCACGCCCUCCAACUGGUGUUGCUGAGCCCAUCAUCAUGUGCACACCUGUGUCCACUUCAGUGAUUGUCUUUGUCCCUUUACUGACCAGCUUGUUCAUUCACUAGCUGCCAGCGUAACUAGUUGAAAUUAAGCCCAGUUUUCCAGCGUACCAUUCCUGCCGGAAUCUUCAAUCUUGUUUAGGAACUUUGUAUCCUGUCUUCUGCCUCAUCCCUGUCUGGAAUCAUCUGGUAUUGUUGACCCAUCAUCUGGCUUGUAUUUGGUGUUGACUGACGACUGUAAUAAAC